AGGGAACUUUAUCCAUCUCUACUCUUAUUUCCAGCUGGGAGGAAGAAAGCUAUCCCUUAUGGUGGAGAGAUUGCAGUAUCUAAUAUCAUUAACUUUCUUGCUCACCAUGGGAACCACUUUUACGGUCUUCUUCAGGAGAAAGGUAUACCGUGGACUGGAGGUGAACCAGGGAUAAAUCAUAACAUGAAUUCAGAGGCUCCAUGUAAUAACCCUGCACAUGAAAUUGUACUUCAAGAAGGACCACCAACAUUAGAUAUUCAGUUCAACCAAAUUAGAGCUCCUCUUAGUCCCUCUGCUAAAGCAGCCCCUCAUGUCGCUGUUGGUUCCGUCCUUGUUGCUACGGACAAGCUUCUAAAUGUUCACCCUUUCAAUGGAUCCAAAGUACUUAUUGUGAAAGUGGAUCAAAGCACAGGAUUUCAAGGUCUGAUUAUCAACAAACAUAUUAGUUGGGACUCUCUUGAUGAACUUGAAGAUGGACUACAGCUUCUAAAGGAGGCUCCUCUAUCUUUUGGUGGCCCUGUCAUGCAACUUGGAAUGCCUUUUGUUGCAUUUUCCAGGAAGUAUAUAGUCAACCAGUCCAUGGAAGUGCUGCCAAAUGUAUUUUUUCUUGACCAAAGGGCCACAGUAGGCAUCAUUCAAGAGUUGAGAUUAGGAAACCAGUCUAUCCAUGACUUGUGGUUCUUUUUGGGAUUUUCGAGUUGGGGUUGGGGCCAGCUAUUUGAUGAAAUUGCUGAAGGAGCUUGGAUUGUAAGAUAUCAUGAUGAGGAACAAAUAGCUUGGGCUUGGAGAUGACCUAGAUCUUCCGCGUCUUAUUUAUUAUUUGGUAUUUAUUCAUUCACGAGCCAAAGAGAGUACGGAAAUUAUGAGAGUAAAACAACAAUUAGAGUGUAAAAUUUUUGUUGGAUAAACGACAUUCAAAUAUCCUAAUGCAACUUAUUUUAUGUACCAUACCCUUCAUUUAACAAUGGCAUCUUGAUGAGUC